AUGUAUGCUGAUGAUCCCCUUAGUCUGUCAGCGCUUCCCAGACAAGUUUAUUCAUUGAUCGAGACAUUCAUGGUUCUGCUUUGCGGUGUCUGCAAAACAGCCACACUGCCACUCGAGCUACUCCAUAUAAUUGGAGACAGAUUACGCCAGAAAGGAGUGCCAUUAGCUCCCUGUACCACUGUCAGCCGCUGGUGGAAGGACGUUUUCGAGGCAUAUAUAUACAUUCGGGUUGUGGUCCGCAGCACAAAGGCUGAGUUGGAAGCUCCUCUUCCCGGUCUCGAUGUGCUGGUAGUUCCCACGGCUGCUGGGACAGAGAUAUAUGUUACAAAGGAUCAGCCAGCUAUCUUAACUAUGCGUGAAGCCAGAGGCAGACGCUGGAAUUCGCCUCUCGUGCCCACAUUAGGCGAGGAAAAGGUACUCAGUGUAGGGGUAGAUGACAACCGCCCAGGAGCUUGGAAACUACUUUCACAAUCACUGUCACAGUGGUUCAGUUCAGACCAAGGCCCGAAAUACAACCGAAGAUUUUCAGACGGGACAGGUGUGCACGAUAAUACGCAUAUUCUCACCAACAACAAUCGAAUUGCGUCGCUAUCACUCCUCGACAGGAUGAUAACCAUGAAGUUGGCUACAAAAGGCAAGACCAGAGAUCCGAGAACGAACUCGAUUUCGCUUACUGAGGCACCCUAUCAGUAG